GGAACUUCAUCAUAAUCUUAAGUUACGUAAACACAAAAUGGUUCAUCAUAACGAUUCCGAUUUAGAUUCUUUAGAAUCCACGACAAUUUGUGGUAAAUUAUGUAUUACAAGCUUCACGUUAAUGAUGCUAUUUUAUUUAUUUAUGGCCGCUUAUAUUUUAAAAUAUUACUGGAAAAGAAGAAAUGCUACAAGAAAAGGAAGGGAAAAGCGUUAUGGCUUUGGUAAUGAACUGAGAAUGUAUCGUCACCUUCAUAGUAAGAACAGCAAUGAUAAUAGUGGUAUUGGUUGGAAAGGAAGAAAGGACGAAACAGUUGUGAUGUUGGUUUAUGAAGAACCUCAUUCAAUACUUUAA